AUGUCCGAACUAGGAAAUAAUGCCAAGCGUAAGCGUGAUGAGAGUCACGAGCGUAAAGUGCCCAUGACAAAGGAACAGCAUACAAAAGUACGUCAGGAACAUAUGGAGGAAGAAUUUGCUGCUACGUAUCAUGGACUUACAGCGCUGUAUAAGCUCUUGGAGGUACAGCAUCUACAAAGUCCAUUGUUCCUGCCACGGACUUUGAGUUAUCGUUUAGACCCGGCGUGGCAAUUGAAGGAUAAGAAGAAGGAGGCAAUUGAAGAACAUUACAAGCAGAAACAACAGAUACAUAACAUACAAAUAGGUGGAACCAUGAUGGAGUUUAAGAUUGGCAUGACGUCUGAUACGAUGGAAGCUUUCAAGAGCAAGAAACAACGGCCUGGUGUCUUCAUCUCAUUGUAUGAAGCAAAUGGAACGAGAUUUAAUGAUAAUCAGUUCAAGUGUAUAGCCACGUGCUUGAUUCCAGUGCCUUUUUCAAAGACUGUGUCCUUGCCGAAGGAGUUUUUGAACCAGAGCGCUGGUAUCAACGUGAUGGUCUUUCAAGUCGUGGAGAUUAGUGAUGUUGGCGAGACGAUUGAUCAGCAAACGUCAUAUACUUUUGAAACGUCCUCUGUGGUGACUAUUGUUGCUGGAAAGGAUCUGCUAGCUACGUGUGCUAAUGACCGCAAACCUUUGUUCGGAAACCUGUUGAGGCUUAAUGCGUCAAGACCUCGUGUGGGAUACGUGACCGUUGAACUGCCAGCAACCUCGUCCUCCGUGCAUGGUGGCGUCAAGUGUGAAUUUCGAAUCUCGUGGGAUCCUUUGCCGACAAAGAAAAGGAUGCAACCUCCCAAACGGAACAUCACGACGACUGCUCGGAAACCGUGUGCCGGGGUGUGGUUUCACUUCCUCUACCAUUCCAUGCUACGCAGAAUGAGCGAGAAGCGCUCGGAGUACUCAUGCGCGUGGUGCAACAUGUUUGCUGGAUCGUUGCGAGGUCUUGUGGCCCAUUUGGUGUCGUCUCACGAUCGUUUUCGCUUUCAGGCUACAGUUGGACAUGACAACAUCCCGCAUAUUUACGUGAUGGUUAUGCAAGAACACCAUUCUGGGAAAAAUAGCUCUGGUUAUCGGUCUGCUUUCUCUGAGCUUGAGAUGUCACCGACUGAAGAGUCAAAUCGCUUUGAGCAUCAUUUUGUCCACAUGUCUGGGAAAAAAUACGGUCCGCAUGGCUCGCAAGCAGUCGAGGCUGUUGAAGGUCUGAUGCAAGAGUUUGAUGAUAUGGAUGAACUCUCACAAGAGCACCCGCAAGACUUUUAUGCGCCUCUUCUUCAGCGUCAAUACUUCCACUCCCGAACAGGAGCUGUGGUUUUGGAUUACGAAAAGGAUUAUGAUAGUGACGAAGAUGUGGAUGAGACAUGGAUCACGAAACAAAGUGAACGGUUACUGGAUGAGUUUGAAGACGUCUCGUUGGAAGAGAAGGAAUUUAUGAAGAUGUGGAACCGUCACGUGAAGGAGUUCAAGAUUUUGGCAGACUUUAUGGUCGCGUCUUCGUGCCGCAUGUUCGCCAGAAACCACGGAAAAUGGCUCUUGGAGCACGGUCUGCGCCACAACUUCUUGCUCCAUUUACUUAAUUUAUGGGACAACUCGCUGCUAAACUCGCGGGCAAUCAUCGACUGCAUGCUGAUAGUCGACCAACAUCAGGAGUCUGAGACGGCACCAGAAAAUGAGGAGAAAGUAGAGGCACCAGCAAAAGAUGAGGUCGCACAGGAGAUGAAAGUGGAGAGUUGA